AUGCUCUCACACUCAAGGGCAUCGGAGAGCGGCAAUAAGGGUGAGUUGACGGCAGAGGAAGCAGAUGCACUGGAUUGGAGCAAGCGGAAGGUUUGUAGAGAAGGAGGAGAGUUCACUAGAGGGGUUCUUUGUAGCCUAGAAGUAAGGACUAGGUGGAAGAUGAGUAGAUUGAAGAGGGCGAAGUGCAAGGAGUGUGAUCUUAUCGCAAUUCGCUGCUAUAUCAUACUGUUAGGGGGUCGUGCUGGGCUGUGGGUUAUUAUGGAUUUUUAUCUUAUUGUAAUGAGUUGGAAGCCUGGAUUUAACCCAGCUACUGAAGUGAUUGAUGAGGUGGCAGUGUGGGUACGGUUGUCAGUGAUUUCUAUGGAUUUCUAUGAUAAGAAAAUUGUGUAUGCUAUUGGUAGUAAGAUUGGCAGAGUUAUUAAGGUGGAUGGCCCGACUGCUAGGAUGAAGAGGGGUCGCUUUGCAAGAUUUUGUAUAGAGGUGGACUUGACUAAACCAUUAUUGCCCCAUUACGCAAUCAAUGACAUGAACUAUCUAAUUGAAUAUAAGAGCAUGAACUUGCUCUAUUUGAAGUGUGGCAAUUACGAACAUGUAAAGGACUUUUGCAAGAAUGUGGAGUAG